AUGUCUACCGAGGCUUUCAACCCGAAUCCUGUUAUCUUUGCGACAGCUAAAGCAGCUCGCGCAGUACCUGCUUAUGCAAGAGCAAACUCACUCUGGCUGGAUUCAAGCGAAGAUGUGCGUGAAGAGGGGGACGAGUCAAACGAUGUCGAGGAGAUUGACCAGGACGAAAUAUUUGAGUUGAUACGAUCUAUCUCGGACCCUGAACACAGGAACAUGACUCUUGAACAACUUGCCGUUGUCUCUGCCCCUCAAAUCACGUUUGACCCACGGUCGCCCAACCAACUCACCGUCGAGUUCACGCCGACAGUACCACACUGCGGAAUGAGCACAUUUAUAGGCCUCUCCAUCCGGGUCCGACUUCUGCGCAGCCUGCCCACGCGGUACAAGGUAGACAUUCGCGUAAAGCCAGGAUCACAUCAGAGCGAGCAAGCACUUAAUAAACAGCUCAAUGACAAAGAACGAGUCGCCGCUGCCCUGGAGAAUCCCGCGCUGGUGGAGGUUCUGGAGCAAUGUCUGUCCACAGUAGGCGACAGCCCCGAAACAGCCGCGUAG